AUGGAAAAAGCUGCCUGCGUGUUCAGCGGGCUGACCAUGCCACCAACCAACAACAUCGCAUGGGGCUGGCAAUAUGGAACAAAAGCUGCCUGCGUGUUCAGCGGGCUGACCAUGCCACCAACCAACAACAUCGCAUGGGGCUGGCAAUAUGGAACAAAAGCUGCCUGCGUGUUCAGCGGGCUAACCAUGCCACCGUCGACAACACGCCAGCUCCUGGGAGAGGGGACAAUAAAUGAUCUCCUAGGAGCUGGCAACGACCAACUAUCUGCAUGGGGCUGGCAAUAUGGAAAAAGCUGCCUGCGUGUUCAGCGGGCUGACCAUGCCACCAACCAACAACAUCGCAUGGGGCUGGCAUUAUACGGCACAGAAGCUGCCACCUACGUGUUCAGCGGGCUGACCAUGCCACCAACCAACAGCAUCGCAUGGUUAGCCCGCUGA